AGAGGGAUCAUGGGGGGACGGAGCGGGAGAAGAGGGCGGAUUUGAGGGAGGCCUAGGCCAAAGACGAGAGAGAGGAAAUAGUGAGAGUGUGAGAGAGUGUAUGUGAGAAAAAUAGGAGAGAGAGUCAGAGAGCUAAUUCCUGGAAAAUAACAACAAACCCCGCAACAAACAAAUAUCAAGUAUCGAUAAUGCGUGUGAGUGUGCGAUUGUGGUGAUCGAAUUGGGAUCGACGCCUGCUUUGUUUACGUUUUUGCGAAUCAGGAAGGCUGCGAAUUCAUCAUUAGUUUUUCUCCUAUAUUACCAUUUACUUUGAAAGAGUUGCAUCAGAAUUUUGUCAUUGUACUACAUCGAUAUUUUGUAAACAGGACAAAAUGGCUGAUGUACAAUAUGAAGGGGAUGCUAGGCACUACACACUUCUGACUCUAAUUGGACGUAACUUUGAGGGUAAUGCUGUUGUCCAUAUUGCUAGACAUGUUUCUUCAGAUAAUCUGGUGGCAGUCAGAAGAAUCAACCUAGACAAAGUUAAAGACAGUUUUGUUGAACUUCAUCAAGAAUGCAAUUUCUCCAAGCUGAUGCAACAUGAACACAUCCUACCACACUACACAUCAUUUGUGAAUGCCAAUGAACUAUGGGUGGUCAUGCCUCUUAUGGAACAUGGUUCUGCUAGGGAUUUACUAGAUAGGAACUGCCCCGAUGGUUUGAAGGAGAGUGUGAUAGCACAGAUCAUGAGAGAUGUUGUUCUGGCUCUAGACUACCUUCAUCGGAUGGGCUUUAUCCAUAGGAGUGUUAAGGCCAGUCACAUCCUGCUCACACAAUCCGGUGGAGUUCAUCUAUCCGGUCUUAGAACAGCAGUCAGUAUGGUGGAAGAGGGCAAACGGCUCAAAGCAGUAUUUGAUUUCCCUACCAGGAACGCAGUCAGGAACUUGCCAUGGCUGGCAACAGAAGUUCUGGAACAGAAUCUUCUUGGUUAUGAUGCCAAGUCAGACAUCUACAGUGUUGGUAUCACUGCAUGUGAGCUGUCCAACGGGUGUGUUCCUUUCUCAGACAUGGUACCAAUGAAGAUGUUACUUGAGAAGAUCAAUGGUACGACCCCCAAGCUCCUGGACUGCUCUACUCUGUGUGAUGUUGAUGGGGUUCAGCCUCAGGAUACAGGCUUGAGGGUGGACAGUGGCAUCGGUGGAAGCACGGGGCUAGCCAACGUUCCAGAUCCCUACCAGAGGAGGUUCUCAACUCAUUUUCAUGAUUUCAUGGAAGUCUGUCUCAGAAGAGAUCCCGUGGAUAGACCCAGUGCCUCUCAACUCCUGCAACAUCCCUUCUUCAAGCAAGUGCGGAAAUCAUCCAGUGAUGUCCUUGGUCCAAUGCUUCAAGCCGUCCACCCUCUCUCUCAGCUGACAGAGGGCAAAGUAGAUGACCAAAGUGAGUACAUAGACAACUCUGAGGUGGGGAACAUAGCAGAAGCAGUGGAGAAGUUUGAGUCUUUGGACAUGGUGGAUCCGUGGGAAUUUGACUGAAGAGUUCAACCAUUCCAUCCAUAUCUCUUCAGAGUUUGAUGUUGUCCGACGUCGCCAAUCAUCUACACUGUCCCAGAUAGAUGAUGUAACAUGACUAACUCUCCAUGUAUGUUCUAGGAGAGCUGUGUACAAAUGUAGAUGAUGAACAUUUAGUGCAAAUGAUGUGAUGCAAGCACCUUUGUCGCAGCGUUGGUUGUCAAAGUUUUGAUGCGGUUCUCGUGUUGAUUAAGAAGUAAUGCAAGGACUUUGACGUUCAUGUAGACAUGAUGUUCAUCCAAGACAUGAUUACAGAUGUCAUUCAUUGUGCAGUAGCUACCUUAUGUGUAGAACAACAAAAAUGAAUUGUGCAAUAGUUAUAGACUACGUAGAGGGGCAAUAAGAACUGCGAUGUCCUACACGGUGUGGAUGCUAAACAUAGACUCAUAUCUUCAUAGGGCUGUGUCAAUGUAAUCU